UCUCUCUCUCUCUCUCUCUCUCUCUCUCUCACACUCUUCUCUUCUCUCUCUUAAAGCUCUGCAGAUUUUUUCGUCUGCAAAAAACCAGAGAGAAGGACAAAUUAGGAAGAGAUUAGAGAAUAAGAAAUCAUAAACAACGAAGAAGACGAACAAUACAAAACCCUAACAAAGCCUUUUUCUCCAUCUCUUCUUCGCAAAAUAAAAUGGAGUAUGACAAGCCUCCGGCUACUGCUACUACUUUCUCCAGGAAGAUUAAUAAUCGUAGCCAUAGCAGCCUUAGCUUUAGUGCAAAUGCUGCAUACGACGGCGUUUUUGCUUCUCCGUCUAAUUUGAAAUCUCCUCUUGUUGAUUACGGCGAGAUUUUCAGAGCUUCGGGUCCUUCUACCUCUUCGAUUCCGUUUCUGGAUGUACCGGAGCUCAACCUUGGUAAAGUUAAGGUCGAUGUUCGCAGUUCUAAGCUCGAUUACUCUUCCGUCUUUGGUGGUGGUGUUGGCUUUGGUGGUUGCGAUUUCUCUCUUACUCCCAAGGAAGUGAUCAUCAACUCCGGUUACAAAACCGCCGUUACUGACAAUAAGAGAAGGAAUCGUAGGAAAAGUGGAAACGCUUCUGAUGUUGUUGUUCCUGUUUGCAACGAGGGGAAAAAUUCACCUGAAAUGGUUAGGAUGAAGCACUCUGAUAUACCAAAUCACCAGGCGGUCUCGCGCAAUGAGGAUAGGACUACUACUAAUGUUACUCAGGAGGCUCAGGUGCUUACUAAACUGCAGGUUGAGAGUACGAGUCCGUUGCAGAAGAUUGAAAGUAAACCACCUAUUAUUAUUCCACUAGUUGAGAGUAAGAAGACAUGUAAUGAGAGUUGUGAGGAAGUCAAGGUUUCUAGAAAGCGGGGUUCUAAAACUGAGGUUGAUUUCGAGAACGUCUUUGCUCGGAAUGGAUGUAGUACGCGUGAUAAGUUAACGUGCAAGACCGAUUCUAAUGGUGAACAUCCGGAUGUGAAACCAGUUUCAAGCUUGCAGCAUUCAUUGAAUGGUGAAAAUGGAUCUUCUGAAAGAUUUUUGGGUUCUUACUCUGGGGUUUCGAAAAGGUUACAAACUGAAGAUGCUGAUGAUCCUCCAAGUUCACCUCCAUACUUUGAUGCUGAAACAGAUGCAAAUUCGCCUGCCGCUGAGUCUUCUGCAGCAUUGAAGAAGGCUAUAGAAGAGGCACAAGUAAGAAUGAAUAUUGCAAAACAAAUGAUGGGAAGGAAUAAGUCAGGCUUUCGCAGUUGUGCAAAACCGAAAUCUUGUGAUGACCCUAAAAUCGAGAUUAAAGGGGACAAAGAAGUUGAAGAAAUUACAGAGGAAAGCAGAGACAACAAUUCUCAGAUUCUUGGUGAGACGGGGAACUCAUCUGAACAAUCAUUUUCAAAUGAGGGGGAUCAGCAUGCAAAAAGAGCACGGAAGCUGUGGGAAGUUCCUGAAGGACUUUUAAAAUCAACUUCAGACCAUAAGCUGGAAGAGUUAGAAGAACACAAUGUGGUUAAGCUAGAAGAGGAACAAGCAAGAAGAGGUCGCAAACACUGGGUAUCACCUGGAGAGAUAUUCAAAUCAGUUAUGAACGGUAAGCAGCAGGAGCCAGAAAACUUUGCACCAGCCAAACCUGAAACUGAUACGAAACAAGAGGUGCAACCACUGACUGAGAAUCCCUUCUAUACAUUUGGACAGCUUGGCAGUAAAAUAAAGUGUGUUGUAGAGGCCUUCACCUUCACGGGGAGCAAGGUUUCACAAAAGGAUGAGCAAAAGGUUACUGAGGAGGAUAGUUCUACCCUCGCUCAAAUGGUUCAAGGUGAGGAAAAUAACUCACAAGAGAUGCUAGCUGGUAUUCCAGUCAUGGAAACAUAUUCAAGGGAAGUGGAAGAGACCCCGCAACAACCUGAGAGUAAGACCGAAACUAAUAUUGAAGAGAAGUCUGAAUCUACAAUCUGUGCUUUCACAGAAGGGACUUCUCAGACUAUGGAGGUAGAAAUUGGAACGCAAGUUAAAAGUGCUUGUGAGUCUGAAGGUGGAUCUAAGUGGGGCGUAGAAGAUUUGCAUGAAAAUCCUGACCCAACUUACACUGUUCUAGAUCAGGAAGGUGAGAAGGAGAGAAUCUUUGAGCCACUUGAGAUUUUUGUUGGUACUGAUGAUACCAAAACAUAUGUGAAGGAAGUGGAAGAGAUCCCAACACCUGAUCAUAUUUUCAGUAAAACGCAGUCCGAUGAUAGUGUUGGAACUAUGGUGUCUUUUAACAGAGAACAUAUUUCUGAGCCAGGAAACACAGAUGAGGUGCAAGAGACAAUGCACAAGGUUCCCAGGCGAAGAGGAGUUUGGAAGACCUCUGAAGACGUCUAUAAUAUGAUCAAGGCCCCGAAGGAAAACAACAGGCCCUUGUGGCUAGGAGGUCUGGAGAAUGAAACCACAGAAAUAUCCUUCCGUGAGGAGGGUGUAUGGAUUCAUGAUGCUAGCGAGGAAACAGAAAGUACAUCUGGACAAGCUAAUGAUUCAGGAUUACAAGAAAAUUGGACCGUUCUUAAACAAAUGUUUAGGCAGAUGUUUCAGCCAGCAGAUAUUAAGGGAGAAGAUGAAACUUACUGCUUAGUGGAAUCAGAAAAGGACCAUCUUGAUAUCCAUCACAAAGCUGGAGAUGAGAACGGAAACGAAACUGCAGAGACUUCUUACUGCCAGAUGACUGGCACAGAUAGAUAUGAACAGGAUGAGGUGGAGACAGUAAGAAAGGAUUAUGAAGCCUAUGCACAUACCAGAGAAAAUGAAGAGUCGACGCAAGAAACAUAUGGUAAGGUAGAGCUGCAAGGUAAAACGUCUUUGGUCCGUGAACUGAUAGGAGAAGAGCUAGAGGCCAAUAGAAUGGCUAGCGACCAAGAAGGGGAAGAUGCACACGAAUUAUCUGAAGAAGCUGGCUGGGCUCAACGACUUGCUGAACUUGAUGAGAUAAAGGAGCAUGCAGAUUCUCGUGCUGAAAUGCAUGAAUAUGAUGAUUGCAGUAAAACAGACUCAAAUAUAUCUGGGGAGAAAUUUGAGGAAACGCAUGAACUAGCAGAAGAAACUAAGAUCGAUGGUAGUGUAGAUACUGACACCAGCAGGUCAUCUUUUGAAAUGAGACAAGGGGAUUCAUACAUUGAGGAGGUUGGCGUUGAGCAAGAUCUCAGUGAUCAAUUCCCUGAAAAAGCCAGUGCUGUCAGCAGCACAGAAGAACACGUUGAAGACAUAGAUUCUGAUUCAAUACGAAGUGGUUGGAGUGUUGCAGAGGAUGAUGACAGAUCAAUGCAGGAUGGAGUAGUAAGUCAGGCAGAAUGUAAGCCUGACGAAAUGGAGGAAACCAAAGAAGAAAAUGAUGACAUGAAAACAAGUUUUGGCCUAGAGAAUGAUGAAGAUAAGACUGAACAAGAGCACCGGUUUGAGUAUCAAGAGAAUGAAACAGAUAGAAGCAAUGUGGAGGCAGCUGAGUCUUCCUGUUGUUUGCCCAACGGAGACAAAAAUACUUUCACAUCAACAGAUAGAAAUACGAAAGAAAAUGAGGGAGAGGAGAGUUGUCGAUCAUCUAUAGAAAAAGGGGGAGAUGCUGCUUCUGAUGCUUCACAGAACGAAGCAGAGCUGGUUGAGGAACAUCUGAAAAAGAAAGAUGAAACAAGAGAGAAAGAGAAGGAAAGAGAGAAGGAAAGAGAAAGAGAGAAAGAGAGAGUUAUGGUAGAAAGAGCUAUUCGUGAAGCCCGCGAAAGGGCGUUUGCUGAUGCUAAGGAAAGAGCAGGAAAAGCUGCAAUAGAGAAAGCAAAGGCAGGAGCCCACCGUAAAGGGACUUCUGAGGUUCCAAGGAGAUCAGAGAAGGCUUCUGUUGAGGCAAAUGAUAAGUUGUCAUCAGCUGAGAAGGCUACAAUGCAAGCUAAACUCAGAUCUGAGCGUGCUGCUGUAGAAAGAGCACUCUCUGAGGCCAGAGAACGUGCACUGGAAAAAGCAUUGUCUGGAAAGGCUGCUUCUUCUCAAACAAAAUGUUAUGGCGGCAGCAAGUCAUUAGGCUCUUCUGGUGAAAGACGAGGCUCCUCAUCUUCUGGUACAGAGAACAAAAGUUCAGGUCCUUCCAAUUCUUCGAACCAGACUGCCAAAGGUGAGCCAAUCCAGAGAAGUAAAGCUAGAUCUGAGAGACACCAGAGAACAUCUGAUCGCGCGGCAGAGGCUCUUGCAGAGAAGAAACUUCGUGAUCUUAAAGUCCAGAAAGAGCAGGCAGAGAGAAAUAAACUUGCGGAAGGUCUUGAUGCUGAUGUCAAACGGUGGUCGAGUGGAAAGGAAAACAACUUGCGGGCGUUGCUCUCAACACUCCAAUAUAUACUUGGAGCAGAGAGUGGAUGGAAACCGAUUCCUCUCACUGAUCUUGUUUUAAGUGCUUCCGUGAGAAAAGCCUACCGAAAGGCAACUCUUUACGUUCAUCCUGACAAGCUUCAACAACGUGGCGCAUCUACACAGCAGAUGUACAUUUGCGAGAAAGUUUUUGACCUUCUCAAGGAAGCAUGGAACAAAUUUGGUGCAGACGAACGAUAAGUAAGAUGGUGUGAAACUUUGGAUCUUCCUUUACCCUAUUAUCAGAAGUCACCCUGCAAAUCAGAACCAAUCAGCCCGAACCUAAGUUAAAAAAAGUACAGGAUAAGCUGCUAUGGUAUGGGAUGAAGACAGAUCUAGAGAUGUAAUAACCAGUUAUAAAUAUUUACAUCCAUGGGUCAUUAUAUAUAAAAGAAGCUCAUUCAUGUAAAAACCAUCUCUCACCCGCUUCACGGAUUUUCCGAUUCAAAAUCUUAUCAGAAGCCUCUUCCAAAAUCUAUUGUCGGAAUGACUCCACUAAGCUCC